GGGCGGGGAGAAGCGCCGCCCGCUGCCGCGACGCCAUUUGCCACUGCCGAACGUGGGCACAGGCGGCUCUCGUAAGCACCGGUGACCAGCCUCUCCCGAGCACGCUUUUCGACCUCCCGCACAGUCUUCAUCCCGCGCACUUCUCAGCGUCGCCCGUCAGAGCCACCGCCUUUCCUGCCACCAGCCCUAGCAAGGUCCCACACGCCGCCAGCCGGUCUUUGCCGCCAUGCCCAAGAAUAAAGGAAAAGGAGGUAAAAACAGGCGUAGAGGAAAGAAUGAGAAUGAAUCCGAAAAGCGAGAGCUUGUGUUCAAGGAAGAUGGACAAGAAUAUGCUCAGGUAAUCAAAAUGUUGGGAAAUGGACGAUUAGAAGCCAUGUGUUUCGAUGGUGUAAAGAGGCUGUGCCACAUCAGAGGGAAAUUGAGAAAAAAGGUUUGGAUAAAUACCUCAGACAUCAUAUUGGUGGGCCUCCGAGAUUACCAGGACAACAAAGCUGAUGUCAUUUUAAAAUACAACGCAGAUGAAGCUAGAAGUCUCAAGGCCUAUGGCGAGCUUCCGGAGCAUGCUAAAAUCAAUGAAACUGAUACAUUUGGUCCUGGAGAUGAUGAUGAAAUUCAGUUUGAUGACAUUGGGGAUGAUGAUGAAGACAUCGAUGAUAUCUAAACUCAACAUUUUACAUUCCAGUCUUCCUGAAGAUUAUCCUUCAAGUUUGGAAUCUGGCCAUAGACCUCAAAGAAAAGUUUUCACCAUCAUCAUGUUAGUAAUUUGUUGAGGCAGAUUUGAUACUACAGUCUUUCAAAACUGAUAAUCUUAACUGAUAAGCUAAGCUUACUUUGUUGAUUCAAUUUAAUGAUCCUUAAGAAGACCAUUUAAGGAGAAAAAAAGGCCUUUCCUACUCCCCUUCUAGUAAGUAAAUGGGUGUUUUGAAUAAACCAUUUGCCUUGUACUCAGUAUAAAUUCUGAUUAAGCCCCACCUUUGCAUAGCUGUUGACUGUACAGUCUUUGUGUAUAUUCCAGUUGCCCAGAGAUUUUGAUACAAGUGGAGGCAGAAAUCUGUGUUUUGUUUUGUUUUGUUAUAUUUUGAGACAGAGUCUAACUUUGUAUCUGAGGCUAGCUUGGAGUUCACUAUAGUACUGGUGGACCUCAGACUUGCUGUGAUCCUCCUUUCUUGACCUCCUGAGUGCUCAGAACAUGUGUAUGUACCACCAUACCUGGCAGAAAUCUAUUGAAAGGCAAAAAUGAUAGGUCUGCUUUUCAUAUUUAAGUAUGUGGCUAUUUUUAUACUAGUUUUGAUACCAUGUACAUUUUUUUCGUGAUUUUAUUUUGCAGUCAUCAGCUUACUGGAGGAGGGAAGGCAUUUCCAAAUUGGUUUUUGGGGAUUGGGGUUUGUUUGUUUUGGGGGGUGUCGACAGAGUUUUUCUGUGGCCCUAGCUGUUAUAGAACUCACUCUGUAGACCAGGCUGGCCUCAAGCUCACAGAAAUCUGCCUGCCUCUGCCUCCCAAGUGCCGGAUCAAAGAUGUGUACUGCUGCCACCACCACCUGGCUCUAAAUGUUUUUAGAAACUGGUUUUUAAUGCCAAUUUUGAAUUAAAGUCAGUAAUUGCAAAAAUUGAACACUAGGUGGUGCUCAGUUGUCUUAACAUAGGGAAUACUAUUUUAAUGGUUGCUUUUCUCAACUAGUAUGAAUAAGAAAUUUCCCAAACAAAGAACAGAUUGUUUUAAUCAUGUGUGUAGAAUAUUUUUACCCAACAGAAAGAUUGUGUUGGAGUAUUGAUUUUUUUUCCAGGAGUCUUAUUCACAUAAGCUACAAUUUUGAGUGCUUUAUAAACACAUAAAACAUAGGCAAGUGAAGAUUUAAGUUUAUAACUGUAUAAAUAUUACAUAGCAAAAGUAUAAAUUAAUGCUUUUUCAGGCUUUCCCUAAACUGAGGGGAAAUGAGGGGGUAGCAAGCUUAAGCCUCAUAUAAUGGAGUGCGACCCUGCACGAAAGAGGUCUGGGCAGGAGGAUUGGGAGUUCAGUAUGUUUUUAGAAACUGGUUUUUAAUGCCAAUUUUGAAAUAAUGUCUCAAAAGACAAAGUCAAUAAAAAAAUUCUUAUUUCUGAAUCAAAGAGCUAUAGCUGAAAAAAAUCGCAUGCAGAGGAUAUUAUACUCUGAUUUUACAUUAGGGACAAGUUUACUAUGUGGACAGUCUGGGGAGGGUCCGGGGGAAUCCUAUUUUCUUUCUACUGGGAAAUUAGGCUUGCUCUUAUUUAGGAGUUGUAAGACUAGGAGCUGAGCUAGUCACAAUUCAGUAGACACACUGAAAUCGUGCAAGUUUAAAACCAAGCUCCUUCAUGCAGCCUGUGGACCUUGUAUUCUACUAGCAUCCAGAAAACUUGUCAUUCAUGAGAAGUGAUACACAAAGGAAUGCACCUUCACAUGGUUUCACAAACAAGGAGAUCUUUAAUUGUUUCUUAACUAUGACUUCAUCUCCUAGGUUUGCAAACUCUGCCACAAAAUCCGAGGUACCAUAAAAACAUUAGGAAAGACAAAGUGGUGCAGUGCAUAUUUCGAAUUCUGUGGAGUUCCGAGGUGUUUAUCUUGGCAGACUGCAUCUGAACAUUUGUCUUCCUUAACAAUUAGACUUCUGUACUUUAAAAGUGUUUCACCAGCUGGAUGUAGCACACACCUGCGAAGCCCAGUACUGGGGCAUUUGUCAUUGACUAGUAGCCAGGGCUACGUAAGGCACUGUCUCAAAAACAAUAGUGGAAAAGCAUUUUUGCUAAAUUUGCAGUAGAUUACAUUAUGAGCAGUGUGCAUAGGUGAUAACAGCUCAAAAAGUUGAUUUUUUACUUUCUGUAAUAAGAUUUGAAAUGUUUUUAGAAAUUAGACAUGACCCCACUUCCUAUAUCUUCUGGUGGUUUUUAAAUUUUUUUUUCUUCCCUAAAGCAGCAUUAUUGAGUGUUUUUGUAUCCUGGAAGAUCUGGAGUCGUAUUGAUUUUAAAUAGUUGAAUACAGUUGUAUUAAUAUGGUAUGCAAAUGCUACCUGGAAGAGUUCUUGGAUAUGUGUUUGGUAUGGGAAUUGUAUAGCUCACUGAUCUAAUAAGGAAUGGAAAUGGUCUUGAAGGAAAUUGUUUUCUUUAUUUUUGGUUCCUAUAGUAUAACUCCAAGCAGCACCCGGGAAGAAAAAUAAAAUGUUUGAAAUCCAA